CUUUACCGAUUACCCACCACGCGAUCGGCACAUGCAGGCGUCACGUGCCAUGACGUACGUGGAGUACACACCAGGACUAUCAUAACCCCAAACCUCCUUUGGCGUGCAGCUGGUAGCUCUCUCACCCCCGCGUGUUAAUAUCCCACAUUCUCUUAUAAAUCUGGGGGUAUGGACAAUCCACAUAGCCAUAAUAUGGACUACGAAGCAGACCGUCAGACACGCGAAGUAUAUCGAUAUUUCCAGCCAGAAAAUCCGGCGGCGCUUAAUGCAUCACUUCAAUUUGAUGACCAUGUGGCGUCAAUAACAGAUUUUUCAAGAGUGACGACCCCUUUUGCACCCGAUGCCUCUGACUCAGAGAAAAGUUUCGCUGAAGGUAGCUCUCCGUCAAGUCCAAAUACAACUUUGACUUCUUUUGCACAACUGGCCGCUCUACGCCUGAACGCACAGCGUGCUUUUAUUACUGUAUUGAACACCGACUCUCAGUUUAUAUUGGCUGAAGCCACAAGAAACACCAAUCUUGGAAGCUCAAAGUCGUCUAUCGGAGAAGGAGAUACACUCUUCGCUGGAACAUCGACAUUGUUAGAUGCUUGGAACAUAUGCCAGGAAACAGUUGCAAUUGGCUCAGACAACGAAGAUGGAUUGUAUUCAUUUUUGGUUGUCAACGAUCUUCAACAGGAAGAACGAUUCAGAGAAUUGCCUUUUGUAACAAAAGAUCCACACUCCCGUUUUUAUGCCGGAACGCCCCUAACCAGCGAUAGCGGUAUCAAUUUGGGAUGUCUGUUUGUAUUGGAUUCUGAACCCCGCCAAGGGCUAUCUGAUAUCGAAAAGGAUACAUUGGGAAAAGUGGGAGAGUUGGUUAUGGACUAUUUAUUGGUUAGCCGUCAAGCCGUAGAAGGGCGACGCGCCUCGCGGUUAUCGCGUGGCCUCCAUCUUUUCGUCGACGGCAACUCCAGUUUUGCCAGCAACGCUCACAUGUCUUCUCGGUCGAACAGCUCAGCACAGAGUUUGUCCCCGGGAGCAUCACCUCACCUCAGAGCCAGCAGAUCUCCAAUUUCCCAAAACGAUGGACUAGAUUUUCGCUCAGCACGCUCUGGAUCGGGAAAUGCGUCUCAAAACGGCGAUACACAAACUUUGAACCAAGAUUCCAACCAGAAUGACACAUGUGUUCCCCCUAGUCCAACGGCAUCGUUGCAUGGCUCACGACAGGACGACAGUAUCUCGGAGGACCCCUCGAGUAGCAACCACUGGCUUUUCCAACGUGCUGCGAACCUCUUGCGACAAAGUCUGGACUUGGACGGUGCUGGCGGUGUCAUGUUCUUGGAGACCAGUGAUAACUCCUCCGAAUAUGUCGCAGCCGGUCAUUGUGACCCCGCUGAAUCCAUAAAUCCUGCUCCUAUUCUUGCGCUGUCCACCAGAGAUGAUCCAUUUUCAUACCAGGCAAGCUCUACGUUGUCAGAUCCUGCUGUCAAUCUUGACAAGGUCUUCCUGAAACAGUUGAUGCACCGUUAUCCUAAAGGGAAACUCUGGUCAUUCCACCGCGAUGGGACAUUUUCAACUUCGGAAGAUCAGUUAGCCGACGAGUCUCGGAAACAAAGGAAGAAGUCCAAGGCUUCGGAGACCAGCAACCUGAAUGAGUUCUUCCCUGAUGCAUGUCAAGUCAUGUUUGUCCCACUGUGGAAUGCCACAGAUUCCCAGUGGUUCGCUGGGUGCUUUUGUUGGACUCCCCGGCCAACGAGAGUUUUCAGCCCUGCUGUUGAUCUGAGCUCAGUAUUUGCCUUCGGAUCCUCUAUUAUGACCGAAUACAGCCGUGUUGAAUCAGUUAUCGCAGACCGCCAAAAGGGUGAUUUUAUAAGCAGUAUCUCUCACGAACUACGCAGCCCGUUGCAUGGUGUCUUGGCUGCCGCCGAGCUUUUCGGAAGUACUGCCUUGGACCAGUUCCAGGAGACCCUCCUCGAUACGAUAAAUGCGUGUGGUCGAACUCUCUUGGAUACGAUGAACCAAGUUUUAGACUUCAGCAAAAUCAUGUCAUUGGAAAGACAUAAGAAAACCUUCAGACGUGGAAAAGAUCCGUGGAAACCAAGACCCUUUGAAGAACCUGUGGCGCGUCUGGAUGCAUUGGUUUUGACAGAUGUGGCUCUUUUGACAGAGGAUGUUAUAGACAGUGUGUGUUUGGGUCAUUCCCAUAUACAGAGGUCAGCCACGUCCACCAAUCGCCCCACAGAUAUCUUGUCAACACUGCCUUCCAAGUCAGCAAAAGCGGACAGUCAAGUUGGUCCCAUUUCAGGAGUGGACGUCGUUGUUGACAUUCCUGAGGAUGACUGGAUGUACAAAGUCCAGCCGGGGUCACUGAGACGCCUAAUUAUGAAUAUCCUUGGCAAUGCACUGAAGUAUACCAAAAAGGGUCGGAUCUCAGUCUGCAUUGAGGCCACUGAGCACUCAAAAGGUCGCUCUCGACGCCAGGGUCUCGAAGAUAUGGUGACAUUGACCAUCUCAGACACGGGUAAGGGCAUCUCGACGGAAUAUCUUCGGAAGCACCUAUUCACUCCGUUCUCACAAGAAGAUCCGCUGUCAGUAGGCACUGGUCUGGGUCUAUCAAUUGUUCGCGCCAUCGUGAAAACUCUCAACGGGAAAAUUAAAGUUCGAAGCCGACAGGGCGAAGGCACUAUUGUCAAGGUGUCACUUCCUCUCGAACGUCUAGUUGGGGAUGAAAACCCACAAUCGACCUCUCAUAAGGAAAAUUCAGACCAAAAUACUAUACUGACGGCAUCUUCUCAACUCCGACGUGUCGGCUGUAGUGGGAAACGUGCUGCUAUCUGGGGAAUCGAUCCGUCUCGUGUCGGCGAGCAUCAGUUCUGGGCUUCCAUAGCUCGGUAUAUCACGGAUUGGUAUGGUCUGCAGCUUGUCCCUCUGUCUGCCAAUGAGCCUAUUGAUAUCCUGUUUGCGGACGGAAGGGAUCUGUUAGGAAAAGAAAUAAACGGUUUCCCAGCAAAAUUACCAAGUUUACUCGUCUUUUGCAGCGAGACAGGCGAUUAUGGUGAUUCUAGGGCACAAUGGUCACAACUUGCUGACUAUCUGGCAAUUCUUCAUCGGCCUUGCGGUCCACGAAAACUUUCUCGCGGUAUUCUGAGCUGCCUGGAUAGAAGACCGACAACCCCUACGUUAAAUCGGCAGAAUUCCGGGCAAGGCUUAGUACUUCCAGAGCGACCCUUUCUUGCAGUCUUGGAUUUGCCAAUCGAACAGUCCAACUCCUCAUUACCAGUAAAUUUACGAUCACCAGAUGCUGAACCAUCAAUCCCCAUGGCGGGGUCCAGCAAUCGCACCAUUGAUCAUACAGAGCGCAGCGCUUUUGUUUUGACGUCGCGUACUGACAGCUCUGGUCGCACAAUAUCUGGGGGUACUGACUCCACCAAUGCUGGGUCUUCUUCAUCUACUCGAUCUUCAUCUGGCGGCUCAGGUCAUGUUAGCACCUUAUCUGGGAGCCAAAGCAGACCUCGGGUCUUGGUGGUAGAUGACAACAGCAUCAACCUUCGCCUCAUGAUGACUUUCAUGAACAAACGAGAAGUCGUGGUUUUAGAUAAAGCCGAGAAUGGCAGAGUGGCCGUCGAUGCGGUUGAAAGGAUGUCACAGGGAUAUGAUCUUAUUUUCAUGGACAUGUCUAUGCCAAUCAUGGACGGAUUUCAGGCGACACGCGCCAUUCGUGCGAUUGAGAAAGAACGGGAUGACUGUAUUCCGGCAACAAUCAUCGCGUUGACAGGACUCAGCAGUCCACGCGAUGAAUUCAGAGCCUUGGACGCAGGAGUGGACCAUUUCCUUAUGAAGCCUGUUUCUUUUAGGGAAGUAUCAAGGCUUAUUGAUAAAUGGGAAGCCAAACUGGCGAAAUAAAAUAUGGCGAUCGGUAUCUUACUUGAUGCAGGCUUGCCACCCAGACGUGGAAGACCACGUUAAUGAUCAUGGGUUUCUUACAUUGGCGUUUUCGGUUUCAUUGGCGUUUUCGGUUUCUGUCUCCAUACCCUUGCUGCUAUUUGGGCUGCACAUAUGAUGGACGAUGAGG